UUCCUCACAUGGCUAGAAUGGCUUCAAGUUCUACCCUCCAUUUCCUACUCAUCUCCCUUUUCUGCUCUUUUCUUCUCACCUCAUCAUCUGACUCUUCCCAACAAUCCCUAACCGUUUCUUCUUCAAAAUCAAAACCAAACCUCCUUGUUCUGCCUCUUCAGCGAGAUGCUACCACAGGGCUGCACUGGACCAACCUCCACAAGAGAACCCCUCUAACACAAAUCCCAGUCCUCGUGGACCUCAAUGGAAACCACUUGUGGCUCAACUGUGAGCAGCACUACAACUCCAAAACAUACCAAGCUCCCUUCUGCCACUCCACACAGUGCACCAGAGCCAACACCCAACUCUGCCACACCUGCACCACCUCCGCCUCCAGACCCGGCUGCCACAACAACACCUGCGGCCUCAUGUCCGCCAACCCCAUCACCCAACAAACCGCCAUGGGCGAGCUCGCGCAAGACGUGCUCGCCAUCCAGUACUCCACUCGCCAAGGAUCAAGGCUAGGCCCCAUGGCCCAGGUACCCCAUUUCCUCUUCUCAUGUGCUCCUUCAUCCCUCAUGCAAAAGGGACUUCCAAACAAUGUCCAAGGAGUUGCAGGGCUAGGCCAUGCUCCAAUUUCACUGCCAAACCAACUUUCUUCCUAUUUCGGCAUACAACGCCAAUUCACACUCUGCCUCUCUCGCUCCCCUGCAUCAAACGGAGCCAUACUCUUCGGAGACGCACCCACCAACAUUCGCCGCGAAAAACAAAAUCUCUUCCGUGGCUUAUCCUACACCCCGUUGACAAUCACCCAGAAAGGAGAGUACCAUGUUCAUGUCUCUUCCAUUAGAAUCAACCAGAACAGUGUCGUCCCUGUUCCAUCCUCUGUUCUAUCCUCUGUUUCAUCCUCGCACCCUGACCGUGUUCUCGGGGGAACAAUGCUCAGCACUACCAUCCCUUACACGGUUCUCCACCACUCUAUCUAUCAGGCGCUUGCUCAGGUGUUUGCUAAGCAGGUUCCUAGUCAAAUGCAGGUGAAGGCUGUAGCACCAUUUGGCAUGUGUUUCGACUCGAAGAAGAUGCAGCAGCGAGGAGUGGCUCCUCCUAGUGUUGACUUUGUGAUGGACAGGGAGGAUGUGGUUUGGAGAAUGUCUGGUGAGAGUUUGAUGGUGCAGGCGAAGCCAGGGGUGUCAUGUUUGGGGUUUGUGAAUGGAGGGUUGCAUCCAAGAGCUGCCAUUGCCAUUGGGAGCCAACAAUUGGAGGAGAAUCUGGUGGUUUUUGACCUUGCCAGGUCGAGGCUUGGGUUUAGCACUUCCAUGUACUCUCAUGAAAUGAAGUGUUCUGAUCUCUUCAACUUCGACAAUGCUCCAUAGAGUGUAACAAGAGUAUUGGCACCAUCUUAAGAAUGGUGUGCUUAGUUAUAUUAAGUAAGCAUGUAAGUGUGCUAAAUAAAGAAUAAAGUAAAGAAUAAGCACUUGUACUAAAUAAAGACAC